UUAUUCAUAACUGUCCUUUGUGCUAGAGACACGUUUAAUGAUUCUUACUCUGCUCAUUAUUUGUUUCUGUUAACGUGGAAUAACUCAACAUGUUUCAAUUGGAGUAUACAAAGGUGGCGCAAUCUGACGGAGGCGACAAGAUCGCAAUGGUGCUGCUGGGAAAGAACAGCAACGAUAAGUCUAUGAUAGGGAACAUCAUACUAAAGGCAGAGCGUUUCAUAGCUGGAAAAGAGACAUGCACAAGAGCUGAAGAAAAACUAGGUGAUCAGAUGGUCUGUAUCAUCAACACUCCAGACCUUUUCCACAGGCCAAACCAAGAUCCAGAAACUGACAGUAUAGAAGAGAUAAACCCCCAAUAUCCAGGUCCACGUGCGUUCCUUCUGGUACUGCAUGACAAACAGCUCUCACAGGAAGAGAUUGAUAUGGUCAGCCAGCUUAAAAAGAGAUUUGGAGAGAAAAUGGUGGAAAAUACAAUUGUUGUGAUAGUUAACAGUCAAGAAAAGCAAUCUGGACAGCCAUAUGACCAAGCCGAUGAGAGUCUCAAAAAACUACUAGAUGAGUUUGGACAGAGAAUUUGUGUUCACAACAAGAACGAAGACAAGAAUGAGUUGACCAAACAGGUUAUGGAAAAAUGGAAGGCAGUGCACAAGAAGCAGGCUAUUGAAACAAACAAAUCCACACCUGCUGAUGAGCCGUUAUAUGAAGAUAUGGAUCAUUAUGAACCAAUGAAGGAAAUACCUGAAGUGUCAAGUGUGCCUGAAGACAGCAAAAAACAGAUCAUCCAGACGCAUGGAGGUGAAUGCAAGAUGACAGUGAUACUGCUGGGAAAGAACAGCAACAAUAAGCGCCUUAUAGGAAACAUAAUUCUUGACAAAGAUCAUUUCCAAACAGAAAAGUUCACUUGUGAGAAGAUUGUGGAUAGCGUUGCUGGUCAGACGAUCUGUAUUAUCAACACUCCAGACCGUUUUCAUAAACCAAACUCGUCAGAUCCAGAAGCUGACAGAAUGGGGGAGUUGAAGCCGUCAUACACAGGUCUGCGCGUGUUCCUCCUCAUACUCAAGAACAAAAUGGUGUCACCAAAAGUGAUGGUGAUGUUUACUGAACUGAAGAAGAAGCUUGGACAGAAAAUGGUUGAAAACACAAUUGUGCUGGUAAACAGUGAAAAAAAGUUACCUUCAAAUUCAAUAGACAGACUAGAAACCUUCAAAAAAUACUACUCCCAAGACAACUCCAUAAUCCUGAAUGAGUGUGGAAACAGAUUGUGUGUUUACAACAGAGACACGAAGAGUGAUGAACUAAUCAAAGAACUGCUAAAACACACAGAAGGCAUGCAGACGAACCAAACAUCUGAUUCUGUCAGAGAAAUAAGGCCACACGACAAUAUGAAGACAAAGCAAGCAACACCAGACAAAGCAGUUAAGGUGCAUCAACCGAAACCAAUGACCAUUGUGCUACUGGGACAGACAGGAAGUGGGAAGAGUGCGACAGGAAAUACAAUUCUGAAAAAGCAACAUUUUGAAUCACGUGCCAGUUCUAUGCCAGUAACAAAAGAAUGCCAGAUGGCAGAGGAAGCUGUCCUUGAUGUGCAGAUUAGGGUCAUAGACACCCCAGAUUUCUUCAGUGAAGACCUUAAAAACCAGGAAGAGCAGAUAAAGAAGUGCAAAGAGCUCACGCAGCCAGGGCCUGACAUAUAUUUGCUGGUUAUGCAGCUUGGCCGUUUCACAGAUGGCGAGAGAGAAGUUCUCCCACGUCUGAAGAAAGAGUUUGGCGAGGAUGUGAUUUCAAAGAUUGUGAUUCUUUUCACUGGUAAAGAGAAGCUGAAGAACAGGACUUUAAGUGAUUACAUAUAUGGAAGUGACAAAGAACUUCAGGAACUGAUCAAAAUCUGUCAUUCAAGAUGUCAUGCAUUUAACAACAAUGACAAAAGCCAUCAUCAGGUGAAAAAACUGCUGGAGAUCAUUUCUGACAUGCAGGGAAUUAUGGCCAUGGCAAAUCAUCACAUUUAUAAAAAGAAGCAUAAGGAGAACAAAGACUGCAAUAUCUUAUAAGAUAUUGAACUGUGUGUAUGUGCGCAGCUAAACUGUCCCUAAGUAAACUGAAUCUCACAAAACUUUACUGUGUGGGGACACUCUCAAAACAUGAUUUUUGAUUUUCUACGAAUGUAAAGAUUUUAUUUGGGUUAGUCUGAACAGUUGUUAAAAUUGUGUAGGCUUUAAUGUUAAGGUUUGUUAGUAUUUAUGCUUCCAAUCAAUGUUUGUCUAAUUAAAAUUGCUAAAU